CGUUUGUGCGCCAUGCCUGAGCCAGCCAAGUCCGCCCCGGCCCCGAAGAAGGGCUCCAAGAAGGCGGUGACCAAGGCGCAGAAGAAGGACGGCAAGAAGCGCAAGCGCAGCCGCAAGGAGAGCUACUCGGUGUACGUGUACAAGGUGCUGAAGCAGGUGCACCCCGACACCGGCAUCUCGUCCAAGGCCAUGGGCAUCAUGAACUCGUUCGUCAACGACAUCUUCGAGCGCAUCGCGGGCGAGGCGUCGCGCCUGGCGCAUUACAACAAGCGCUCGACCAUCACGUCCCGGGAGAUCCAGACGGCCGUGCGCCUGCUGCUGCCCGGGGAGCUGGCCAAGCACGCCGUGUCCGAGGGCACCAAGGCCGUCACCAAGUACACCAGCUCCAAGUAGACUUGCCAAGUGUAUAAAUGUAAUCUCGGGCCUGGCAUGGGGUCUUCCUAAGGAGCUCAUCUCCCUUUGUGUAAU